UUUUAUUUGAAUCUAUCUCAAUUAUAUUAUUCCAAUUUGUUUGCUGUAUGUAUGGUGGCGGCGUGGAGUUAGUUCCAAAAUAUGGCUUCUGCUACCCCUUCACCAUCAUCAUCAACUCCGAAAUUUACUUAUGAUGUUUUCUUGAGCUUUCGAGGGGAAGAUACUCGCAAGAACAUUGUGGAUCACCUUUACCAUUGGCUGAAACAAAAAGGUCUCCAUACCUUCAAAGAUGACGAGCGGCUGGAGAAAGGACAGCCUAUCGCUCCAACUCUUCUGCAAGCUAUUCAAGAAUCAAGAUUUGCUGUUGUCGUCUUCUCCAUGACCUACGCGUCAUCGGCGUGGUGUUUAGACGAACUUGUAAAAAUCAUGGAAUGCAGAGAAAAACUCAACCAAGUUGUGGUGCCAAUUUUCUACGACAUAGACCCUUCACAUGUGCGCAAACAAACUGGGCGUAGCUUUGAAGAAGCAUUUGCCAAACAUGAAGAGAAUUUCACGGAUGAUAAUGAGGGCAAGGCCAAGGUUGAAAGGUGGAGGAAAGCUUUGACAGAGGCAGGCAAUAUUGCAGGGCACCAUUUGCAGGGUGAUAAAUAUAACGGGUUUGAAACAAAAUGUAUCGAAGCAGUCAUUGCUGACAUAUCGAAACAACUGCCUCCACCUCCAAGUGUCCAAAAAAGUUUAGUGGGAUUAGAGUCGCGGCUUGAGGAAAUAAGAAGGAAGUUGAAAGUGUGGGAUGAGGAUGUUAAGCUAGUAUUAGGCCUUUGGGGUAUGGGCGGAAUUGGGAAAACAACCAUUGCAAGAGCUACUUUUGAUAGAUUUUCUAGUGGAUUUGAUGACUCAUGUUUUCUUGCUGAUGUUAGAAAAUAUGGGUUGGAAGCCUUGCAAAAGAAACUCCUAUCAAAACUUCUGAAGGAAAAUUCAAUUCAUAUAGAUGAUGUGGAUGAAGGAAUUCAGAUGAUACAGAAAAGGCUCGAAUGGAAGAGAGUGUUGAUAGUUCUUGAUGAUGUAGAUCAUCGGGAUCAAUUAGAUAAAUUGGUUGGAGACGGUGAAUGGCUUUGUAAUGGUAGUAGAGUCAUCAUAACUACAAGAGACAAGCAUUUAUUCACUCAAUUUAGUGUUGUUGAAUGUUAUGAAGUAAAUAAAUUGGAGGAAGAAAAAGCUCUAGAACUAUUUAGUUGGCAUGCUUUUAAGAAAGAAUCCCCCGAGAAUGGAUUUGAAGAUCUAUCUACCUCUUUUGUAGCUCAUGCUGGUGGCCUUCCAUUAGCCCUUAAAGUCUGGGGUUCUUCUCUAUGUGGACAAACAGACCAAAAAGUGUGGGAAAGCACACUAGGGAAGAUUAAAGGCAUCCGAGAUGGGGAAGUUAUUGAAAAGCUUCGAAUAAGUUAUGAUGGAUUAGAUGAGGAGUGCAAAGAAGUAUUUUUGGAUAUAGUAUGUUUUUUUCGGGGCAAGCGUUGCGAUAUUAUAGAAGAAGUACUUGAUGGUUGUAAAUUAAAUCCUGUCGCAAACAUAUCUAUGCUUAUUGAUAGAUGUCUUUUAUUUGAAUCAAUUGGAUAUGGUUGGCGUCGUAUUCAUAUGCAUGAUUUGAUACAUGAGAUGGGGUUGAAUAUUGCAAGAGAAAAAAGGAGUAGGAGAUGGCGGCUUAACCACCUUGAUGAUGAGCCUAAAGCGGUGGAAGGUCUUUUGCUUUCAUUCAACUGUGAUGAUGAGAAUAUUAGCCUUUGCAUUGAAGCUUUCAAACAAAUGACAAAAUUGAAGAUGCUCAUUGUUGAAUAUCAUAAAUGUUAUCUUUGUAGCUCAGUGUCUACUCAUCAAAGUAUUGAAGCUUUCAAAGAGAUAGGCAUUAUGAGUUAUCUUCCUAGGGGUUUGGUGGUGCUUAAAUUCCAACGUUAUCCAUGGUCAAAGCCUUUUUGCCCAAUGGAAAUGAAAAAACUUACCUAUUUGGAUCUUAGCUCAUCGAACUCUUUGUUAGAAACCCCAAAUUUUGCAAAGAUGCCAAAUUUGGUGAAUUUAAACCUUUCACGUUGCAAGAACUUAAAAACGAUCGAUCCAUUUGUUGGAAAUCUUACGAAACUUGUUAAAUUGAAUUUAAGUGAAUGCAAAAACCUUACAAAGCUUCCCAGCUUCAAUAAGGAAAUGAAGAAGAUUACCCUUAUUGAUCUUAGAUUUUGCAGCUCUUUGUUAGAAACUCCAAAUUUUGCUAUGAUGCCAAAUUUGAAGUAUUUAUACCUUUCAAAGUGUGAGAAAUUGAAAGAGAUUCACCCAUCUAUUGGGAAUCUUACAAAGCUUGUCAAAUUGGAUUUUAACAAAUGUAGUAGCCUUGAGAAGCUUCCCAACUUUAACAAGGAAAUGAAGAACAUUAUCCAUUUGGAUCUUAGAUUUUGCAGCUCUUUGUUAGAAACUCCAAAUUUUUCUAUGAUGCCGAAUUUAAUGUAUUUAUCCCUUUCAAAGUGUAAGAAAUUGAAAGAGAUCCACCCAUCUAUUGGAAAUCUUACAGAACGUGAUGCCUUGGAGUUGGAUGGAUGUAGUAACCUUGAGAAGCUUCCCAACUUUGACCAGGAAAUAAAGAACAUUACCCAUUUGGAUCUUACAUCUUGUAGCUCUUUGUUAGAAACUCCAAAUUUUGCUAUGAUGCCAAAUUUGAAGUAUUUAAACCUCUCGAAGUGUAAGAAAUUGAAAGAGAUCCACCCAUCAGUUGGAAAUCUUAUGAAACUUGAUGUCUUGAAUUUGGAUGGAUGUAGUAACAUUGAGAAGCUUCCCUGCUUUGACCAGGAAAUGAAGAAUAUUACUAGAUUGGAUCUUACAUCUUGUAGCUCUUUGGUAGAAACUCCAAACUUUGCUAUGAUGCCAAAUUUGAAGUAUUUAAACCUUUCAAAGUGUGAGAAAUUGAAAGAGAUCCACCCAUCUAUUGUAAAUCUUACAAAACUUGAUGUCUUGGAUUUGGAUGGAUGUAGUAAACUUGAUAAACUUCCCAGCUUUGACCAGGAAAUGUUAAACAUUACCCGUUUGGAUCUUACAUCUUGUAGCUCUUUGUUAGAAACUCCAAAUUUUGCUAUGAUGCCGAAAUUGAAGUAUUUAAACCUUUCAAAGUGUGAGAAAUUGAAAGAGAUCCACCAAUCAGUUGGAAAUCUUACGGAACUUGAUGUCUUGAAUUUGGAUGGAUGUAGUUACCUUGAGAAGUUUUCUAGCUUUGACAAGGAAAUGAAAAAUAUUACCAAUUUGGAUCUUACAUCUUGUAGCUCUUUGUUAGAAACUCCAAAUUUUGCUAUGAUGCCAAAUUUGAAGUAUUUAAAUCUUUCAAAGUGUGAGAAAUUGAAAGAAAUCCACCCAUCGGUUGGAAAUCUUUCAAAACUUGAUAUCUUGGAUUUGGAUGGAUGUUGUAACCUUGAGAAGCUUCCCUACUUUUACAAGGAAAUGAAGAACAUUACUCGUUUGGAUCUUACAUUUUGUAGCUCUUUGUUAGAAACUCCAAAUUUUGCUAUGAUGCCUAAUUUGAAGUAUUUAAACAUUUCAAAGUGUGAGAAAUUGAAAGAGAUCCACCCAUCUGUUGGAAAUCUUACAGAACUUGAUGUCUUGGAUUUGGAUGGAUGUAAUAAAAUUGAGAAGCUUCCCAGCUUUGACCAGGAAAUGAAGAACAUUACCCAUUUGGAUCUUACAUCUUGUAGCUCUUUGUUAGAAACUCCAAAUUUUGCUAUGAUGCCUAAUUUGAAGUACUUAAACCUUUCAAAGUGUGAGAAAUUGAAAGAGAUCCAUCCAUCAGUUGAAAAUCUUACGAAACUUGAAGUCUUUUAUUUGGAUGGAUGUAGUAACCUUAGAAGCUUCCCAUCUUUGAUCAGGAAAUGAAGAAUAUUAUCCAUUUCGAUCUUACAACUUGUAGCCCCUUGUU